AUGUGGCGUGGUGUUGAAACUGCACUUUUGGAAGCUCAACAUGAUGCAAAUGCACAAUCCAUCAAAGAUGAUUUGAAAAAGGGCCCCUCUCUUCCCAAGAAGGCCUUGACUGCCCCAACCAAGGAACAGACCAAAGGAAAGGGCGGAAAGGAUUCCAAAUCUCCGGGAGGUAAGGGUCCCACUCAUGUUCACGGUAAAGGCGAUUCGCCUAAGCCCAAGAAAGACAACAAAUCCAAGCACGACACAUCCUCCAAGGAUAAGGGCAGUGGUUCCAAAGGUUCCGGUAAUCAGGUUAAAUCCCUGACACCUGAGGAGAAGGCGGCUUCCCCAUGCAUUUACCACCUCAGGGGCAGAUGUAUGCGAGGAGACCAAUGUCCAUACUCCCAUGCUGCCAAUCCCAAAGCUAAGGCAAAUCCACAGGGGACUUCCCCUCAUGCUCCUGCAGGUGCUAAGGUCACAGCAGCUGUGGCAAUUAUGGCGUCUGUGUCGCAGGCUGCAGCGACUCUGCCUUCAUCCACACAGGUUUGCCUCGACUACGUAGGGGACACGGGGGCCGGCGAAUGUUUGGGUUCCGUGGAGGCAUUCCGAAGGCAAGGUUUUGAUAUCCCUGACGAGCUGAUCACAUCCACCAACCAUCCAGUUCAGUUUCUGACGGGGGGAGGAUCUAAGGCCGGAACCUCCACCAUAGGGUUUUGGUCCCAAGAAUUUGAGCGAAUGAGUAAUGUCUAUCUACUCCCGCAAUGUCCCUUGGCGUUGUCAAUUGGUCAGUUGUGCCAGGAGGGUUAUACGUUCUUGUGGUCGGGUCAGUCCCUUCCAAUGUUGAUUCCUCCAAGCACUCAAUUUGACUAUAUGGUUGAUGGGCCAGUGCUUUCGGCAGAUCGUGUUGAACAUAAUGUACCAAUUUUUCGCUUGUCCAUUGAAUGCACUUAUGGCAUGCCGGCCUCAGCUUCCUCGAUGGCACCCAUCAAACCGGAACCCACUGAUGGCCCUGCGCCUGCCGCGGGUGUCAGAGGGGAAAGGGGAGAUGACCCACUGGAAAUCAGGGAAGAAGACGCGGACAAAGAAAUUGAUGGGAUACCUCCAAACCACCUCAUGACCCACUUACCCAAAUCAAGGACUUGUGACACGUGUAAGAAGGCCAAGUUGUAUGAAGCUCCCCAUCGCAGGCAUGAACACAUGAAUGCGAGACUGCGGGAAGCGAGACGAAUUGAGGCACCAACAUCCUACCUCGAAAAGAUUUCGGUCGACCACAUCGUUACGCGAGACGAGGUUGGUCACAAAGGCGAAGGUUACACCAUAGUCAUUGUUGAUCAAUUCACUGGUCUGACCUCCAUGGUUCCAGUUAAGACCAAGCAUUCGGAUGAGGUUGAAAUGGCAUUAAGAAGGUUUGUAGGUAAGAAGAGACCAGGGGUAGUUCAGGUAGCUAGCGACAGGGCUCCAGAGAUUCGAAAGGCCGUGAGGGACCUUGGGUUUGCUAGUGAGCCGAAAGAUUCACAACCCAUUGGCUGA